AACUAGUGAUACAUUAUUCACGUUGGUAAUUGAUAUUAAAAACCGCCGUGAACUUAUCCGAUCGGAACAGGCAUCAGAGGACGUUUUUCUUUUCUGCUUGCAUAAAAAGUGACGUUUUGGAGUUCAGGAUUCUUAAUGGAUGCGUUUCAAACGCCAAUGCUGUGACCCUUUAGGAGUGCAACUUACAUCCUUGUUACAAACAAAGAUUUCACGUUGAUGUUGUGGAUGCAGUGACGAAAAGCACGAAUUCAAUAUGUUCUGGACGACUACAUACGUGUCAUCGCCUCAGGUCGAGGCCCUUCUGAGCAAACAGGAUUUUAGUCUAUAUGAAUUAAUGGACAUAGAUGACAUCAUACAAGAAUGCAAGAGUCAAAACAAAAAGCUAAUUGAAUUUAUAACCCGGCCUGAAGUAAUGCAAGAGUUGGUAACACUAACUACUAAGGAACCUCCAAUCGAUUUAGAAGAACGUAGACGUUAUAAAUAUCCAAACGUUGCUUGUGAACUCCUUACAUGUGAUUUACCGUCAGUUAAUGAGAAAUUAGCAGGCGAUGAAGUGCUUUUGUCGAAACUCUAUUCCUUCAUAGAUACGGAUGAGCCCCUGAAUCCAUUACUAGCAUCAUUCUUUAGCAGAACAAUCGGUGUUUUAGUAGCUCGAGUGAGCGAUCAGAACUGGUACUCCUAUCAGUUCACAUGUUUGCAGGUUUUAGAAUUCCUAAAAAGUCGCCAGCGAUGUGUAGAGCUACUUUUGCAUCAUCUAGAAACAUCGGCAAUUAUGGAUUUAAUCUUAAAACUUGUCACGCAGGUAGAAGGAAGUGACAUGAGGUACAAUAUAUUAAAUUGGUUAGACAGUCAGCAGCUGGUGCAGCGGUUGAUCAAACUUCUCUCCCCUGAAGCCGGAUCCUCAAAGCACGGAAAUUCUUGUCAACUACUCUGUGAUAUGAUUACAGAAGGAAGGGAGUACAAAAUAAAUUUAACCGAACGACCUGAAGCUGACCCUAUUCUCCAGAGAUUAGAAUCAAUAGAGACGGUGACUUUGAUCUUGGAAACGAUUUUAAGUGGUGAAAAGGUAGAAAGCAGUAUCGUUGGUGGAAUUCAAGUGCUACUAACUCUUCUCACUCAGAAGAACAAAUGCGUAUCUUCUGAUGCCGAUCGCGGAUCUGGUUCUUCCGAUGAGCUCAUCAACAACGAGCAGUGUCUCAAAAUUUCUAAUGCCACGAUACCUUUCUUGGAACAGCUCAAUAAACUUUUGUUGGAACCUCCUCAGAAACCCUCGGUAAGCACAACUGUGGGCGUGUUAGAUGUCCCAUUUGGGAAUACUCGUCUUCACGUAGUAAAAUUGUUGGUUACGUUAUUAUCCACCGAGAAUGCAACGAUAAAUGAAAAGCUAGUGGACCUAGACACAUUCCACAUUCUUUUGGAUCUUUUUUUUAAAUACUCAUGGAACAAUUUUCUGCAUACUCAAGUGCAACAAUUUUUCCAAUUGGCAAUCGAAUGGAACUGUCCUGAUACCAACGAGCUUAUUUAUAAAAAUAUAUUUGUAAAGUGUAAGCUAAUAGAGCGAAUAUUGGAAGGCUGGGAAGAAAAUGAUAACCGAAAAAAGGAGAAAUCUGGUGUCAGGCAAGCAUAUAUGGGUCACUUAAUUGACAUUGCGAAUAAUCUUGUGACGCAGUGUGAAAAAAAUAAUGUUUUCAACAAUUUCCUGAAGGCAAAUGUACCUGCGGAAACUCUUACUAAUUGGGAAAAUUUUGUAUCUACGGAGUUAGAGGAUAUAAACAAAACUCAGCGAAUAAUGCUGGGUGGACCAGCGCAAGUUUACAUGAUUGACUCUGGAGAAAACUCUGAUGUGUAUCAUUAUUCCCAAGAAGUUUACGCACAACAGGUAUAUUCUAAUUAUCAGGGACAGCAACUGGGAUCUCAAUUUGCAUCAUAUUCCGCUCAUGAUGAAAAGUUCAUUGAUGGAGAUGAAGCCUUACACAGCAACACGGUCGGUCAGCUGGGUACGAUAGAUUUCAUUCUUAAUGACGACGAUCUAACAAAAGGAGAAGACCUGUUCAGUAAAGUUUGCUUUCAGAAGCGUAAAUCUCUCGGAGAAGACAACGGAGAGAUAAAUUGGGGAGACGGAAGUGAAAUAAGCUUUCAGACUGUGAUAGACAAGGAAGAUGGAUUUUGCAGCAAGAAAAGCCAAGAUUCUAGUUCCUCCGAAGAAGAGGAAGAAGAUCCCUGUGAUAUGGAAAUUGAUUCGAACGAGGAUAAGUUCGGUAGUAAUAUCGUUUUACCAGCUGUUAAUCCUUGGGAUAUCGCCACUGUUGAACCAGUGGAACAAACUGGCUGGGCCAAUUUUGAUAAUUUUGAGUCGACGUUGAAUAUCGACAGCAAAGCAGAUCCGGAACCUUUCAAGGCGAGCUUUAGCGAUGUGCUCAAAGCACCAGCGCCAGUCAUAGGAGAACAAUUGUCGCUAAAUCUCAGCACAAUCACGUCCCUUAACUCCAACGUCCCCGAUGGCAGUGGAGAUAAAACGACGAUAAAAUCGGCUGAAUCUAGUUUAGCCCCGUCGGUGGAAACGAUUUGCACUGAACAGGCGAACAUCACUUGUCUAGGUCCUGUAAAUCCGGACAGUAACGCUAACCCCAUUACAAUCAACAGGACGCCCACAGCUAAGGAGAGUAGUAAGGAUGGAAAAGAGAUUGUACAAAAUUCCUUAGAAACUGUAAAGCCGUUGACGGAUCCCAGGACUGCGAACGUCGUAGAAAAUGAAUCUGUCGCGGAGGAUCUCAUUUUGUAAGGAGAGGAAACGGGAACAUCUUUAGAGAUUCGGGGUAGCAAUAGGACAAAUCAUAUCAGAUCGGUCUUACCAUUACCAUAGUACUCUACGUUUCUAUUCUCAAAAGUCUUGGUGAUGGCGCAGCUGUAUUAUAAAUUUUGAUAGCAGAUAAUAUUGAGCUGAUAUUAAGUACUUCAUGGCGCUCAACUCUUGUAUCGUAAAUCGUGUAACGAUUUUAUUCAACUUGCAUCUCAAACUCUAUGGUUUUUUUGACAACAUUUGUGAGUACAAAAGUUACUUUCUCAUCUCCCCAUAAUCUCCCCGUGUCACACUGAUUGUUAAAAACUCGUAAAUUUUAACUCGUAUGUAAGAAUGUAACUUGAUACAAAGAUGUUUUUUUAAGCGAAAGGAUGUUUCUGGGAGAUGUUUCACUCAUAUGUGAUUACUUAUCCAAUUGUAUAAUGCUGUUAGAAGACUGUACUAUAUUGUCACUAAAGUAUUUAUCAAUAGGCAAUGGUAAAUAUUUUCGAGCCUUUGAUAAUUCUAUUUACUAUUCUUUUAUAGAAGUUCUUACAAUUGCGGAGAAGUGUUAAUCGUGUUCUGACGUAUGGGGAAAUCCGAUCAUCAAAGUUGUGCUAAGGUGUCCCAAAGAAUACGAGCUUUAUUUAAUGGUCUUUUUUCUUAAUCAACUUAACUUACUCUUGGUGAAAUAUUUUUUUAGUUUUAUUUUAGAAUGUGUUGGAAAUUGCGCGACAUUUUUUUUAUUAUUAUCAAGUUUUGCGCGCUUUUAGUUUUAGAAUCCAGGUUUACUUUUACAGAACUUGGAUACAAAUUAUUUCGAUUUUAUUGUGCACGUUUGUAGAAUCAAAUUUACAAAAAUUAAACUUUUAAUUAGAAGAAGAAUGAGGAAAAAAUGUGAAAAUCAGAAAAAGAGGCUGUAAUUUUCUUUGGGUCAUCUUAAUUUGUACGUAUCAAAUAUGUGAUGUGGCAAUAGAUCGGUGAGAUAGUCAAAGUACAACACACGAGCAAAGCUCUGAAAUCAUUGAUCCCUUAUCAGAAUUUGAAACAAUCGUUGGUAUUUAAUUUUACACAAUGAAUAAGUAUUAUGCAGAAUUAUAACUGCAACGUUAGAUACCAUGAAUGCGAGGCUAUUUAAGAAAAAAAUCACCAUAGUCCGAUAUUUCACAAUGAAUGUAGUGCUUUUGGUUUUUCGAAAGAUUAAACAGAAGUGCUUAGGUACAGUGCCUAUAAAUCGCUUGAACAUAUUCCUAUGCCAAGGCAUGAUGUAAAAAAAAUCAUAAGUAUUUUUAUUAUGUUGAGGAUUAAUGGGUCAAAAUUCUCAGAGUGCGUGUAAGCGAGUCUAUAUAAAUAUGCCCUUGUUUGCAUUCCAAUAAAACAGUAAAAAAAA